UUGUUCCAAAAAGACAAGACAAGACUUGGCUUGAAGCCCCAAUGUAGCAAAGAGGACCUUGUGAAGGCAAUGAAACAGUUUGGUUUUGACGACUCUUGCUACACCUUACUGAGAAGCUACCAGGUUCAGCCUUACGAUUGCUGGACAAUUAAACCGGGCAUGGUGCACUCACCUGGGCCUUGGCCAACCUUAGAGGUGCAAAGACCCCAGGAUGAUGCAAACCAUUUAGCAUGGGUACUCGGCUAUGUUGAACCAGACCAGAUUAAGCGAUCAACAAAAAAGUCCCAGGAACAGUUGAGAGGUGUGCCAGAUGAACAAGGUCUGCUAGAUCACAUGGUUGAUUUUGAUGGUUCAAGGGAUCCAGAAUUUGAAAGCAGAUGGCGCCAUAAGUGUCUUGAAAUCUCAUCUGGUAAAUGGGGGCGACACUUUCAAAUAUUUUUUGGAGAGUUUUAUGGAGAAGGAAUGGAGAUCAAUUCAAAUUCUCAUUGGGUUCGGGAAUUAGAUGAACGACCAUAUAUGGCAAUUGUAUGGAGUGGAAGCGGGAAAAUUCAAGGCAAGUUGGUAAGUGCAGAAAUUGAUGGCACUCAAGAAAUACUAGUGACACCUGGUACAAAAGUGACAAUUGAGAAUACAGAUGCCGUGAAUAAACUGUUGGUUUAUGCAGUUUUCCCAAUCAGAAAAGAUGCAACAAACAGCUUAAACUAAUUAAUGAUGAAACAUGUGAUUACCAUCAACAUUAUGCUUCAAAUUUUGUUGAAUAUUUGAAAUUAUUGAGAAUAAUAGAAUAACUAUUGUUAGG